GUUGGUCACUUCAUCUAAACAUAAACCCAUAUGCCAUUCUCUAAGCAGCAGCAUCGGAAACCGAGCCGCAACCGCAACCGCAACCGCAACCGCUCUACUUGUCAUCCUCCUCCACGAUUUUGGAACGACCUCACUAAGCUGUGGUUGACUAAAAGCGCCUUGAAAGAAGCUCACCGACAAUUCCAACUGCUCUGUCCAAGCCAGACCUCCGUUUUCAACUCUUACACCUUCGCCUCUGAUUUCUUGCGCCGUUGCUCUGCCACUUCUUUACAAAGAUCAGAAGAUCUACCCGCGGUGGAGAACCAGAUCUAGCAGAUAUUCGAAAUUAUCCUGCACCAGCCAACGUCCAGCAACCCUCUCUGGAUCCUCC